UCCCUCAUCAUAUUCUCAGCGGUCUCCCAUCGUUCCUUUGCUGCCUCCACCAUUCCAUCUUCCCCUUCCCCCCCACAUUUUCCCUUCAACUUUUUCACCAUUCUCUUCUCCAUUUUCCCCUGAUCCGGGGUCACCAAGCUAUGGAUUCUACUAGCAUGGUGAUCCCAUCUACCUCCGAACCAUCGGCCACAAUGGCACUGAUGAAUGG